AUGGUACCCUUACCCGAGGCCAGCUCUGCCUUGCCGACUUGGUCCCCAUACCCGAGGCCAUCCCGCUGGUCGACUUGGUGUCCUCAGCCUUGGUACCCUUAUCCGGGGCCAUUCCGCUUAUCGGCUUGGUACCCUAAGCCUGUCCUCAGUCUUGGUACCCUUACCCGGUGCCAUCCCGCUCAUCGGCUUCUUGGUACCCUUAUCCGGGGCCAUCCCGCUUAUCGGCUUUCCGGGGGCCAUCCCGCUCAUCAGCUUCCCUUAUCCGGGGCCAUCCCGCCUAUCGGCUUGGUGUCCUCAGCCUUCGGCUUGGUACCCUUACCCGGGACCAUCCCGCUGGUCGACUUGGUGUCCUUAGUCCAGGAUCGGCUUACCCUACCCUGCAUGGGGCCACAACGCUGGUCGACUUGGUGUCCUCAGUCUUGA